GGAUGUUCUGGUGGAUCUCUUGUUAUGACUUUCAGAUACAUCAAGACCAACGGAAUCAUGGCUGAAUCUGACUACAAAUACACUGCUACUGAAACCACCUGCGCCUAUGACAAAACUAAGGUUGUUGCUCACAUCUCUGGACAAAAAUCAAUUGCUCAAGGUGACGAAGCUGCUUUGACCGCUGCCGCUGUUGAAGGUGUUGUCUCAGUUGCUAUUGAUGCUUCUCGUGCUUCAUUCCAAUUGUACAAGAAGGGUGUCUAUGACGAGGCUAAAUGCUCAUCAACUCAAUUGGACCACGGAGUCGCUGUUGUUGGAUAUGGUGUUCAAGACGGAUCUGACUACUACAUCGUCAGAAACUCAUGGGGUGCUUCAUGGGGUUUGGACGGAUACAUUUUGAUGUCAAGAAACAAAAAUAACCAAUGCGGUAUCGCAACAGGCGCUGUUUAUCCAACUGGUGUUGCUGAUGCUUAA